CGAAACGUUGUCAAUGGCCGAGGAGCGUGUCGUGCUGCUGGGCACGAUCCAGGAGCGCCAAAGUGUAGACAACAACUCGCCCUACGUAUGCAAAGCUGGUGGGACGCCGGCUUGGUAUUCGGAGCCACCGUCGGAAGCUAGCAACUUGACGUGCACUAAAUGCGGCAAAGGACUGUUCCUGGUUGCACAAGUAUAUGCUCCUGUGGAGACCGACAGGACGCUGUACGUCUUCGGGUGCAACUCGAUGGCGUGCACCGAGAAUGCUGGUAGUUGGAGAGUGCUGCGUGACCAGGUAAAACCAGUAAGAGAAACUCCUGUCGAAGUAGACGUCGCGGAGGUAACAAAACAGGUUGACCAGGUGAAACUUGCGUGGGGAUCGGAUAGCGAUGACAGUGAUUGGAGUGACGAUGAGAAGGCACCAGCUCCAGCAAAUGAUCUUGUGGACCUGGAGGCGCUUUUACAGCAACGAGAUAAUGCAAUGAAAACCAGUGUGAAGACAGUGAAGGCUGCUGCUAUUCAGAAGGUGCAAGCUGUGAACAAUCCUGCUUUGACUGACAAACGGAACGCCUUUCCAGCUCUGUCUAUUGAGGUGAUUGAUGAGCCGUUCGAAGAUUACACGGCUGAACACGAUUUUGGCCACGAGAACCACCUCCUUGAGGAGUACAUGAAAAAAGAGGAAGAAGAUAAAUCCACGGAUAUUGGAGAUUUGCGCACGGUCAUCACAAAUUCAAAAAAGACGGGAGGCACUGCGCAGUCAGGGGGAGGCUUGUCGUCUGGAGAAUCAUACGAGAAGACUCCAGCAGCACAGCGACAUCUGCUGCGUUUUCAGAAGCGCAUCAAUCGCUGUCCUCUCCAAUGUCUUCGGUACGAUUACGGCGGUGAACCGUUGUGGCCGGUUGUGAUCCCGCAAAAUCUAAAGGUCCCUCCUUGCGCUGGCUGUGGAAAAGAACGGGCGUUCGAGAUGCAGUUGACCCCGACCAUUAACUACUUCCUCAAAGUGGAUGAUGCUGGCAAUGACAUUCCCAAAGCAGUGGUGCCUCCUGGAGGCAUGGACUGGCUCAGUCUCAUAGUGUACUGCUGCUCCGCUAGCUGCGCUCAGAGUCACGAGGAGUUCGUCUACGUCGUACCGUCAUCGAACUCUUAA